AUGGCGGCCAUGGCUAACUUAGCAAACACCAUGGAAGCGAAUGCUGCUGUGACUCUGCAAGCUGUGCAGAGGUUAGGCCAACCGGCGAAAAAUGGCAAUGGGAACGGAGAAGGAAAUGCCAAUGAUAAUGCUGAGGGAAAUGUCGAUAACAUGGGAGUAGUUCAAAUGACCUUGGUAACGUUCCUCAAGGUUCAUCCGCCAACUUUCCGAGGGUCCACAAAUCCUGUUGAAGCAGACCACUGGUUCCAGGCUAUGGAGCGUGCUUUACAGGCGCAGCAUGUUCCUCUUAAUCAAUAUGUAGAGUUUGCCGCUUAUCAGCUAGCGGGAGAUGCCCAGCCCUGGUGGCAAGCUGAGUGUCGUUUGCUACAGCUUCAGAAUGCCGACAUUCCAUGGGAGGUGUUCCAAACGGCUUUCUACAAGAAAUACUUCCCUGAGUCUGCAAGGAAAGCAAAAGAGAUAGAGCUAAUGCAGCUGAAGCAAGGUUCCAUGUCUGUGGCUGAGUACACCAACAAGUUUGAAGAGCUUUGUAGGUUUUCUCGGCUUGGAAUGGGCUUUUCAAAUGUGGCCUUGAAUGAAGGUUGGAUCUGGGUGGCUUUGGUUGAAAUUGGGUUGGAGGCAUGCUCCAGUGGAGCAUUCAGUUUGGUUUUGUGA